UGCUGCGGUACGUAAACACAGGUGUUCAGAUUCUUCUCCCUGGGAUAUUUCGCAGUGUCGCGGUCGGAUUGGGUCUUAAACAUUUGUUGCGAAUAGUCAAUCAACGGUACAGUGAUUACGUAAUCUGGAAAAACGUAUUCAUGUUUGAUACGAGGGCACUGAAGGCGGCCAUAAAACACAAGUAAAUCAGUUGAUGGAUUAAAAUAAUAUAUAUUCAUCUCAAAGCUCUAUAUCAUUUCUGGUGCGAUUAUUAAUAUGGAGACAGAUCACGAGCCGUAUGUUUGGACUCUCUCUGAAAAGUUGGCAGAAACAGCCAAGCGAGAACUCGGAGAAACGCCUGAUGUACGAACUAAAGCAUUGGCUGAAAUUAGAAAGAGAUUGCAUGAUAGACCUGAUCUACUCUGCCCGAAAGACAAUCUAUUCCUUCUAGCUUUUCUCCGGGCACGGAAAUUUGAAGUUGACCGAGCUUUCACGCUGCUGGUGAAUUGGUGCACCAUGCGGACUAACCGGAAGGAUUUAUAUGGGGAUUUUACUGCAGCUAGCAUUAGGGAUGCAAUGGAAACUGGUUUCAUGGCUACACUUUCGUUUAAAGAUAACCUAGGACGAAGUAUCAGUAUUUACAGAGCUGGAACCUGGGAUGUGGAAAAGUUCACUCUUUAUGACUUAAUUAAAGUACCGCUGAUGCUCAUGGACCUGAGAAUUCGUGAUGAGGAAGUUCAAAUAAACGGUGUUGUUACUAUCAUCGAUAUGGAAGGGAUUGGUAUGCAUCACAUGACUCAUAUCGGACCAAGAAUGGCAAGAAAAAUAGCUCCUAUCAUUAACCAGGACUCAAUUCCAGUGCGAGUAAAGGCAAUACAUUUCAUAAACGAGUCGCGUCUUCUUGACGUCGUCUUGGCAAUGAUCAAACCAUUCAUGAAGAAAAAAGUCAAAGAAAGGAUUCACACACAUGCACAUGACUUAUCAAGCCUACAUGCAAAAGUGCCGGCAAUGAUUUUACCAUGCGAGUAUGGAGGACUGACUUCAUCUAGAGACGACUUGAUACAAAUGGUGGUUGCCAAAGCCCUGGCACAUGAAGAAGUAAUCAAAGAAUUUACAAAAUAUGGAAUUAAAAAGGUUAAAAACAGUGAUGGGAGUGUAGCUGGGAAUGGUGGGGUGUCU